CCGCGCGCUCCCGCCACCACGUCAGGAGGAGGCAGGCUGCUGGUGCUGAAGCUGACGAGGAUGAUAAUGAUGGCGGUGAUGGAGGAGCAACGCUGAGUUUCGCGCUCUAGCUCCUCUCUCUUUCCUCCUUUUUAUUCAUUAUUUUUAAUCGCAUAAAAACGGAGAAAUAAAAUCAGAAACCAUAGCGACUUGAAGGCGACGCCGCCGAUCUGACUUGACACCUUUUCUCCACCUCCCGCCCGACUCCGGAGCCGAGAGAUGGGGAACGAAGCGAGCAUGGAGGGCGGCGGGCAGCCCGGGGAGCCGGGAGCCCAGCCGGGGAUGAUGGGCUCGAUGAUGCCCGGAGGACCAGCGGGGGGACCGGGUGCAGGACAGCACAUGAAGCCGGUGAACGGAGCCGCUGCCGGGGGAGGAAUGGGAGUCGGAGGCCCCGGGAUGGGAAUGACGAGGGGUCCGAUGGGUCCAAUGGGGAGUCCCAAACCUGGCAUGCAACAAGGAGGCAUUGGAGGAGGAGGAAUGGGAGGAAUGGGAGGUGGAAUGGGAGGAAUGGGUGGAGGAAUGGGAGUAGGAGGGAUGGGAGGAAUGGGAAUGGGAGGAGGAAUGGGAAGUAUGGGAGGAGGAAUGGGAGGAGGAGGAAUAGGAGCUGGAAUGGGCACUGGUGGAGGAAUCGGAUCCAGAGCUGGUGAGCCUUACCGCCUGGCCACCCACGAGAGCCCGACCUCCCCCAGACACAUGCAGUCCAGCCAAGGCCCGGGCUCUGGCCACGGGAUGGGUCACGGUCCAACCGGUCAUGGUCCAACUGGUCACGGUCAGACUGGGCCCGGCAUGGGCGUCCACGGAGGCCAAAGCCCCGGUCAGCAUGCUUCCCGCAGAAACCUCCAGGUCGACUUCAGCAGUUCGGGUGGCUCCAGAACCGGCCGAUCUCCAUCGGUGUCUCCUGACCGAAGCGUGACGCCCACCUCGCCCUACUCGGUGCCCCAGAUCGCGCCGAUGCCGAGCAGCAAACUGUGCCCAGUGUGCACCACCACAGAGCUGUCCAACCCACCGACUGUACCCAACUACAACACCUGCACCCAGUGUAAAGCCACCGUGUGCAACCAGUGUGGAUUCAACCCCAACCCACACCUCACCGAGGUCCAGGAAUGGCUGUGUCUGAACUGUCAAAUGCAGAGAGCUCUUGGCAUUGAUAUGACCACACCUCGCUCCAAGAGCCAACAGCAGAUUCACUCUCCAUCCCACCAAGCCAAACCCAUUGUCCAGCCUCAGCAGCCAACACCUCAGCCAACACAGCCGGCAGCAGCAGCACAGCCCAAACCGUUGACUCAGAAUCAGCCCACCCAGCGGCAGCAGCAGCAGCAGCAGCCUCCAUCUCAGCCCUACGGCCAGAACCAGCCCUACUCCCAGGCCCAGCCGUACUCUCAGCCCCAGCAGUAUCCUCAGUCGCAGCCCCAGUCAUACCCUCCGCCUCAGGCCCAGUCGUACCCUCCGCCUCAGGCCCAGACCCAGCCUCACACCUCCCCGGGCUUACAGAGACAUCCAGGCCCUGGCGGCCCCCAGUCUCAGACAGGACCCUCUCAGCAGGGCAUGAGGUCCGACCCGUAUGCCCAGAGAGGUCCUGGAGCUCCUGCAGCUGUCGGAGGUCCCAGCCAGCCGGGCGGUCCACGCAUUCCCCACCCUGGAGCUGUACCCCUCCCCGGUUUGACUAAAGCACCCUCCCAGCCCGAUUUGGGUCGCGGCUCCCCGAUGCACCAGUCCAUGGCACGGCACCACGACCAGACCAGGAGUGCUGGAUCCUCCCCAGCACACAGACCUCAGAGUCAGGCACCUCCUCCUGCCCAGGAUGGCCUGACCAAACUCUUCGGCUUCGGGGCAUCGCUACUCAAUCAGGCCAGUACCCUGAUCAAUGUUGACCCUCUACCCACUGCCUCCACCCAACCAAGCCCUGCACGAGGCAAGGUGGUGUUCAGCAAUGCAGCCCCAGACAACCGACAGCAACAACAAGGGGCUCCCGGCAGCAAACCGUUCGGCAUGGGAGGCCCUCAUGCGCCGAGCCAAAUGGGUGGUCCUCAUGCUUCAAGCCAAAUGGGGGGUCCUCACGCUCCAAGCCAAAUGGGGGGUUCUCAUGCGCAGAGCAAAAUAGGAGGCCCCUAUCCACCCAGCCAAAUGGGAGGUCCUCAAGCGCCAAUGGGAAUUUCAAUGGGUGGACCACAUGUGCCAACCCAGAAGCAGCAGCAGCAGCCUCACCAACAGGAAAUGUCGCAGCCGCAGUCGCCAGCUCAUCAUCAAAAAGGACCACAAGGACAACACCAACAGACUCAUCUGCAGAAAACCCCGCAGAAACAGGAGCCCACCACAGCACCGGUGGUCGCUUCAGAGCCGCCGAAGCCCAAAGUUAACUGUCCUCUUUGUAAAACGGAGCUGAACAUCGGCAGCUCCGACCCACCCAACUACAACUCCUGUACACAGUGUCACAGCCAGGUGUGCAACCUGUGUGGCUUCAACCCAACGCCACAUCUGGUGGAGAAAAAGGAGUGGUUAUGUCUAAACUGCCAGACCCAGCGUCUGAUGUCUGGAGGCGGUCUCGACGAACCUCCACUUGCUGUUCCUCAUCCAUCUCCCAAGCACCAGCCAAUGGGCUCGCCUCGUCAUCAGACCCCAUCCAGUCAGCAGAGCCCUCUACACAAACCCGCCACCCAGCAGGGUCCCAAGCAGACCCAGCCACAGACUCAGAAACAGCAGCCAAUAACAGGCACUGGCGGACCAUUCGCGCCAACGGCUGCUAAACAACCGACCGACAUUAAGACUAUGACGCCGGCUACUGUACCAACCACAGAGAAACAGUCAAAACCCACAGAGGAGAAGCCCAAGACUGAGCUGGAGAACCAAACUUCCAAAGAGACCAAACUCUCCCAGAAGAAGGGAGAGCAGAUCACACCGAUCAAGGAAAUCAAGAAGUCCAGGCACUAUGAUGAUACGAAAAACAACAGUACCCAUGACUUGUCACGAAGCCCCCAGAGCCUCAGCGACACUGGAUACUCCUCUGAUGGCAUCUCCAGCUCCCACAGUGAAAUUACAGGCCUGAUCCAAGAGGAGGAGAUGAAGCUGAGUGAGAGAGGAAUCAGCGGUCGGGGCUCCCCACCAAGUCCCUCUGAAAUCACCAAGCUGGAAAGCUCCAUGAGGCCUCUGUUAGAAAAGAGCCUCUCUGAGGAGAAGCCAGACAGAAGGGGGAGGAAGCACAGAGAUAGAGAUUUGGAUGACAGAGGGAAGCAGCGUCCUCGUUCCCUGUCGAUACCGCCGGACGCUUACGACUCUGACGAGGAGCUCGAGGACAUAUUGGAGGAAGAAGAAGAUGGAGGUGACUGGGAAGCUAAGCGGAAGGAAGCCAAGGAGGACAAGAAGGAGAAGAAAAAGAAGGAAAAGGAGGCCGAGCCCACAGAGAUGACUGAUGAGGAGUUCAUGAGGAGGCAGAUAAUGGAGAUGAGUGCUGACGAAGACAACGAGGAAGAGGAAGAGAUGGAGGAAGAUGAAGAUGAGGAGGACGAAGGGUAUGGCUACCAAAAACCCAAGAAAAGCCACCACAAGCACAUCAUCUCUGACUCAGGGAAAGAGAAGAGACGCCUUCAGCACCACUCUAGCAGCUUUGAGGAGGAAACCAAGAGCUCGACGGAUGUUUAUAAGGGCUCAGUGGAGGAGGGCGAGGAAGAUGUGAUGGCAUCACAAGGAGGCCUGAGGCGCUUCAAAACCAUUGAGCUCAACAACACCAACAGCUACAGCCGAGACAUGGAACUGAGCAAUGAAAAUGACUUGAGCCUUGAUCGGGAACCAGAGUUAGAGAUGGAGAGCCUGACAGGAUCUCCUGAGGAACGUUCUCGAGGUGACUACUCCUCGACUCUGCCACCUACUUCAUCUUCAUAUGGUUCAGGCCAGUCUCCAACAUCCAUUUCAUCUAUGGAGGAGGACAGUGACAGCAGCCCCAGCAGGAGGCAAAGAUUGGAAGAGGCCAAGCAGCAAAGGAAAGCUCGCCACCGGUCUCAUGGUCCUCUCCUUCCCACCAUCGAAGACUCUUCAGAAGAAGAUGAACUUAGAGAGGAGGAGGAACUUCUCAGAGAGCAGGAGAAGAUGAGGGAGGUGGAACAACAGAGAAUAAGGAGCACAGCACGAAAAACCAAGAGGGAUAAAGAGGAGCUGAGGGCUCAAAGGCGCAGAGAAAGGUCCAAGACGCCACCUAGCAAUCUCUCCCCGAUUGAAGAUGCUUCUCCAACAGAGGAGCUCAGACAAGCAGCAGAAAUGGAAGAGCUCCAUCGUUCCUCUGCUUCUGAAUAUUCUCCUCAAAGUCUAGACUCGGAGGCUGAAGGCUAUGAGUCCAAACUCUAUAAGUCAGGUAGCGAGUACAAUCUGCCUACUUUUAUGUCUCUCUAUUCACCAAUAGAGAAAUCAACUACAACAACCACCACGGCACCAUCUUCAACCUCCAAACCACUAAAGAGUGCUGAAGAGGUUUAUGAGGAGAUGAUGAGGAAGGCAGAAAUGCUCCAAAAACAACAGAAACUGCAGCAGCAACAGCAACAUGGGAGACAUGGGCAGUACUACGAGGAAGACAUCAAUGGACAAAGUUACGAUGACGACUAUGAAUAUGAACAAGAUCAAACUGGAUAUGACAAUGAGGCAGCAGAGACAGAAACGGAUAUUUACGAGGAGAUCCGACAGACAUCUCAGAACAUCACCAAGAUGCAGCAAGCCACAGAUGAGCAAGUGGAGAUUGAGAUUGAGAGCUCAUAUCCAGACAAACAGCUUUUAGACACAGGAUCAGCCUUUGCUAAGCUACUGGAGCAAAGUAAUGCUCUCCUGACUCCAGGAACCAGCCCAACACAGAUCUCAGCUCCUGUCUCUUUUGCUGAAACCGGAGGGCGGAUCCCUGAUGUCAGAGUUACCCAACACUUCUCUGCAAAGGACGGACACAAAGACAGGAUCAAAAGCCAAGCAGGAAAGAAUGGAAUAACCCCAGCAGUGGCUGCCACCACUAUUGCAGCUUAUGGAGUGUAUGCCAGGGAUGCUGUGACCAUUUCUCAGACUAGCUCAAGCCACACUAUAACGGCUACUCAGUCUGAUAUAGGUCGCCGACACUCAGGAAGUCCUGCCACAUCCUCGGCUACAGUCUCAAGUGUGUGCAGCAAGAUUGCAGAGAUUACCCAGGCCUACAGUCAAAGAGAAGUGAUCACCAGAAGAGUUGGGGACACCAGAGGGGUUCAAGUACGAGACAGCUCAACAUCUUCUACUGAGAGAAUUAUCGAGCCACGUUCUCCCAAGUAUACUACCUAUUACAGGAGCACCAGCCCUCCUCUUUCUCCAUCACCACCACCACAGAGUCCCACCCGUUCUCCUUCCAGAAGGGCUACAGCUGAAUUCUCUACACAGACUUUCAGUUCAGCUUUGCGAAUGGACUCAGCUGGAUCUGGGCCUACAUCCCCAGUGAUGGCUCAGGGAACCCAAACGUCACAUCGAUCGGUUUCCCCACGGCUCUACCGGCAGCAGUCCUCCCAGGACGCCCCAUACUCCCCACCUCCAAGCCCAGCAAGGCCAAUGACAGUCAACACUGCUACUUCUCCCUUGUCUUCACCUACCCGAUUUAGCCGCCAAUCAACAUUUGAAAGCUACUCACCAUGUAACAGCCCUCCAGACACUCCACCUUACCAGCAGUCGCCUACCCGCAGCUUUUAUCGGACACAAAGAGUGGAGAAGGUAAAUGUGGGAACGAGUAUGGUCACCACAGGAAGCAUGUACACCAGAGGGUCCAUGUCAAUGGAUAAUAUCUCCCUCUGUAGAAUAUCUACUGUCCCUGGAACGUCGAGGGUAGAACAAGGCCAUAUGAUCCAAGGUGGAAGUGUUGUGGAUCUUAGAACAGCCACCAAACCAGCUCCUAUAAUCAUGACUGACCAGGGAAUGGAUCUCACCUCCUUAGCCACAGAAAGCAGGAAAUACCACGGUGGAUCUGAAGGUAGCAGACAUUCAACGAUUGUACAGCCACUGAUUAUGAACUUGAACACCCAGGAGACCACUACACCAACCACUGUGAGUGUCACUGUGGCUGCUUCUAUGUUCAUGACCCAACCUAAACAGCCAACAGUUUAUGGAGAUCCUCAUCAAAACCGAGUGGAUCUGGGCCAGGGCAUGGGCUCAGCAGUGUGUCUUUCUCAGAACAAACCAAUUUCACCCCCAACUGACCCAUCGAUACCGAAAAUUGAUGCCAAACUGGAAGACCUCAGUAUUCAACAGAGAGAGCUCCAAAAACAACAAGAGAAGCUGCAGAAGCAACAAGAGCUCCUUGAGCAACAGCUACAGCAGCACCAUCAGAUGCAGCAUCAGCAACAACAGGCAACUGCUUUGGCCAGGUAUGGCAUUACUGGCCAGAUCCCACCUUUAAUGAAAAAAGACUUGCUUGUGAGCCAGACCAGUACUGCCUCAGCCGUUGUCAGUGCUGUAUCACCAGUCAUUAACCCUGAGUUGUAUGGCACUGGUCCUGUUGAGUUAAAAGGGAAGCCCAGCCCCCUGAUGAUGCCUGGAGGUAAAUCACCACAUAGUAUGGUUGUACAGAUGGAUGGGGGCCCAGAGACGGCCAGGGCAGUGACUCAACUCGUGAAGGUUGAAGAAGGUCAGGAUGCUGUGGAUCUGACAGGAGGCCAAAUCAAACCUGACAACCAACCUGCUUGCUGUGAUGUUGUUUACCGACUUCCAUUCGGUGGAAGCUGUGUUGGUGGUUCUGAGAAAGAGGGCAUAAGACCUCCAUCUGCCCCACCUCUUAGCUAUGAGUCUGACCAAGAAAGACAAACUGGAAGGUACCAUGAGUACCCAAUGGAUGGGCGUAAGGCUUACACAUUACCGUUUCCUGGUAGGCUCCAACCUUCAAUGUCUGAUACAAACCUUGCUGAGGCUGGCCUACAUUCCUACCAUUCAAAACUAGAACCUCACCUUCAACCCUCAGGAGAACUUGCCAUGGAUCUAACUGCUAUGAAACAGGGCUAUGGAGGAUAUAUGGGGAUGCAGUAUGGUUCCUAUACAGAUUUGCGUCAUGGAGGAGAUAUUGCAUCCCAAACGCUGCCUAUAAGAAGAUAUAAUUCCUUGUCUAACAUCAGUUCAGAUUAUGGCUACUCUGCUCGUGAUAUUGCUGGCUUCCAAGAAGCUAACUUGGCUCAGUACAGUGCUACAACUGCAAGGGAGAUCAGCCGGAUGUGUGCAGCACUGAAUUCUAUGGAUCGGUAUGGAAGCAACCCAGACUUAAUGCAGUUUGGUAGCUUAGGGAGAGGAACUGGACCUGCUGCUUCCAGAUUUGCAGCAGGUCUUGGUAUGCGACAAAGCCUUCUCUUUGGACUGGAUGGGAAGCCAAUCUCUCACAGCCAAGCACUGACCAACCUUAUCAAUGCCAGGCAGGCAAGCCUUAGAGCCUUGUACCCAGCUGCUAUUAGGUCCUCUGAUGGGAUGAUCUACUCCACCAUUCAGACCCCUAUUGCUUCUACUCUUCCUAUCACAACCCAGCCUGCCUCUGUCCUUCGUCCUCUACUGAGAGGAGUCUACAGGCCAUACCCCUCUGCCAACAUGACACCAGUGCCCCUAUCCAGUCUUAGCAGAAUGCCAAUGAGCCCCAGGAUGCCACUAUCUGGACAAACUCCAGUCCGUUACCCGGCACCAGGCUUGCUCCAAACAACAUCAACCACUGCCACUACUGCUGCUGCUGCAACAACUUCAGUACCAUUAGGGGCUCAAGUGUCUGUUUCCAUGACAACUGCUAGCUCAGCAGCCCAGGAUGAACCAGUUUACCUUGGCAAAGGUGCCACAGUGACUUCCUCAUCAACGGAGGUCCCCUCAGCGCAAGGAACACUUGUCAUCCCAACUGAGCUCCAGCAGCAGCCAAUAAACCUGUCCCAAGCACACCUGAACCAACAACAGCAACAGAGUCAAGCAGCAGCUGGUCAGCAGCCUCAACAGCCUCCCCCUGCAGCUCAUGCCCACCCACCCUUAGGUCCUGCACACACCCAUGGCUUCACCCAACCUCCUUUAGGCCCGUCUGCCCCCUCAAGCGGCUUACCUAUUGCAGGUGGUCUUCCUCCCUUCCCUCCACCCGGUGCUGUACACAAAGAGGGUGAAACUGAGGCGGAGAGGCUGCACCGACAGCAGGAGCAGCUCCUGCAGAUGGAGAGGGAUCGCGUGGAGCUGGAGAAAUUCCGGCAGCUUCGCCUGCAAGACGAGCUGGAACGAGAAAGAAUAGAGCUGAAACUGCACAGGGAGAAGGAGCAGAUGCUGGUGCAGAGAGAGUUACAGGAGCUGCAGAACAUCAAGGAACAGAACAAGCAGUUGAAAAUCUUUCAAGUUAACUCUGUUAAACAGGUUCUGCAGCAGCAGCAGCAAGAACGUGAGAAGCAACUGGUUCUCCAGCGGGAGCAGCUGGCCCAGCAGAAGUCACAGUUAGACCAGAUCCAGUCCUUACAGCAUCAACUCCAGCAGCAGCUUGAAGAACAGAAGAGACAAAAAACAGCAGCUGCAGCUCAGGGAGUGCAGCUGGAUAUGAACGGACAGCCCCUACACCCCUAUGCAGACUCCAAGCUGGGCUCACGGUCACUUCCCAACUCCUCGUCUGAGAUGUGUCUGAGGAGCCAGGAGGAGGUGAUGGAGACCAGGACUAACAUGAGGAAGCACAGCUCCAUGACCAGGCUGAGCAGGGACAGCUUGGAUGGGGAUGGCGUGGUGUUUUACGGAUCCCCCCGCAGGAUCGUGGACAGCUGUGUGCAGACUGAUGAUGAAGACGGAGAGGAGAGGUACAUGAUGCGUCAUCGAACCAGGAGACGUGGUCGCAGCGUCGACUGCUCCGUCCAGACAGAUGACGAUGAGGAUAAAGCUGAGACGGAACAUCCGGUCCGCCGCCGCCGUUCCCGUUUCUCCCGACACUCUGAGUCCAGUGCAGCUGGCAGCAGCAGCGCCACCACGACCACCGGAGCCACAGACACCAAAACCGACACCUCCAAGAUGGUUUCAUCCAGUAUCGCCAUCCAGACCAUCAGGGAAAUGUCCUGCCAGACAGAAGUCGAGCACCUCGGACGAGUCUCCCCAGCGAUCCACGUGACGGUACCAGACCCUAAUAAAGUAGAGAUUGUACACUACAUCUCUGGACCCGAAAGAACUCAGAAAGGUCAAUCCCUAGCAUGCCAGACUGACCCAGAAGCCCAGUCGCAGGGUGUUGUAGCCCCUCAGCUCAGCGUGCCAACUACCGUCAGUCCAUAUUCUUCCUCCACCAGCACUGGGUCACAACAGUCCAGUUCUGCCGACCUUCUGACCCAGCAGCGCCAGCAGCAGCACAUCGCAGCAAAUGCAGCCAAGUUUGAGCGACGUCGCCCCGACCCACUCGACAUCAACUACCAGCCUCACAACCACCUUCACAACGAGUCCAUCUCCAGCAUCAUCCGGCAGCAGCAGACGCCCAAGUCUCCACAGGUCUUGUACUCUCCAGUUUCGCCGGUUUCCCCUCACCGGCUGCUAGAGACCUCACUGUCAAGCGAAAGGCUGAACAAGGCCCAUGUCACGCCUCAGCAGAAGUCCUACACGGCCGAGUCUCCCCAGCGACACCCGUCUGUACCCCGACCCAUCAAGAGCACCCAGAGGUCCAUGUCUGACCCCAAACCCCUUAGCCCCACCACCGACGAGCACACCAAGGCUAGGCUCACCCUGUACCAACAGCAAGCGCUCCAGAGCCAGCUGGCUGCCCUACAGCAGAGCUCGCUGCUCCGCAAGGUCAAGCGAACCCUGCCCAGUCCACCUCCAGAGGAGAUCGCCACGUCAGCCCACCUGCCCAUGAUGACUCCCGCCCUCCAACAGGUCUACCUGCCCUCCGUGCCCAGCCUCAAGCCCAGCUCCAGGUCAGGCCUGGCCGCUAAAGCCAGCCUCCUCAAAGACCUCACCCAUGAACUGAAGGCUGUGGAGCAAGAGUCAACCAAGCUGAGAAAGCAGCAAGCCGAACUGGAGGAGGAGGAGAAAGAGAUCGAUGCUAAACUGAGAUAUCUAGAGCUGGGGAUCCACCAAAGGAAAGAGACGCUGGUGAAGGAGAGAGAGAGAAGGGAUAUUGCCUAUCUGAGGUGUAUGGGGGACACUAGGGACUAUAUGUCUGACAGUGAGUUGAAUAACCUUCGUUUAGCAGCUGCAGCUGCAUCACAUGAGACUAAUGGGCUACUAACAACUAGACCAAGCACUGCCCCUCUCAGUCAGUUCACCAGUGACCUCAACACGGCAGCCCAGUACCCACCCACCUCAUCCUUCCUCUCCUGUCAGUACCCCCAGAGCCAACCAGCAGCACCAUCUCAAUCCAGUGUGCCAUACCAGUCUUCAACAUUCAACCAGCCUCCCUACCCAACAGUGUCCCAGUCACAGGCACUGCCACAGCCCACUCCCCUUCAGAGCCACGCCCCACCUCCUGGACCUUCCUACCAGUCUCAGACUUCCUAUCCUUCCCAUACCUACCCCCAGACUCAGCCCCCAUACCCCCAGACAGACAUGGGGAUACCAGCUGCACCUCAGCCUCAGCCAGGGCAUACAGGUUUUGGGCCUGCACCACCCGGUCAGCCCCCAUACCCCACCCACAGCUCACCUUAUCCCAGCGCUGUGUCCUCCUACCCCAGCCAGACCACCCCAUAUCCUGGGCAACCUCAAGCUGAUAUUCUGACAGUCCAUCCAGGAAGACCCAGGCAGACCUCUCUGGCUGACCUGGAGCACAAAAUGCCCACCAACUAUGAGACAAUCAGCAACCCCACGGUUGUGGUCACCACCACAGCCCAGGAUGCUACCUACUCCAGUGCAGCCCCCUCCUAUGGUCAGUACACUGGAACAACAACCAUGGCAAGUUCCUAUGGACCUUAUGGUUCAGCACCAGUGUCCAGCAGCUACGGUGGGUACUCUACAAUGCCCCCCAGCACUUAUGGCCAGUAUACUUCAACCUCAGCUAGCUCAUAUGGCCAGUACACUACAACCACUGCUAAUACUUAUGGCUACACCACCACCACAGCCAGCUCUUACGGACAGUACACUUCCACAGUUUCCAAUGCCUAUGGGCAUGCUGUAGACAGUCCUUCCACCUACAGUACAGCAGAUGGGAUGUAUGGGGCUCCUGGCUUAGAACAAAGCAUUCCCAGGAACUACAUGAUGAUCGAUGAUGUGAGCGAGCUGACGGCAAAAGACGGGCUGGGCACGACGACAGGGGACAUGAUGCAUCAUGGGCGUUACCCGGGCGACAUCCACGGCCACAGCGGCACCACAGGCAGCACGACGCGUGGGGGAACUGGCAGCUCCCCUUACGGCAGGGCACCCGAGGACGAAGCAGCGAUGCAGGAAGAGCUAUACGAACACCAUGGCAGGGGUAAGAGCAGCUACAGGCACGGACCUCUAGGGGGCAGCAGCAGCAGCGUGAGCGCUAGCAUGGGUGGGGGAUCCCCCUAUUUCUAUGACUACGACUACAAACAUGGCAGCAUCCGCUCCGGGGUACAGAAACCUUCAUCAUCCGCCAGAAGCCUUCUGGCUCCUGCUGUCAUGUCCUCCAAGCGCAGCAAGCACAGGAAGCUGGGCAGCAUGGAGCAAAAAAUCUCCAAGUUUUCCCCAAUUGAGGAGGCUCGAGAUGUUGAGGCAGACCUGGCCUCCUAUUCCUCUUCAACGGGUGGGGCAUACCCCUCCUCCAACAUUCGAGGGCGCCAGCUGAUCGAGGAUUACGGCUUCAAGAGGACUACUUAUGAGGGCGGUAGUGGCUCUACUCAUGCUAGUCGAUACUAUGGUAUGAUGGUGGAGGAGGACGAUCGGAUUUACUACACCUCCACUGGCCGCUCCCGCUCCACUGGCUAUGGCAUGGACAAGAUCUCCACCAGGGACUACCCUGGGUAUCGCAGCCGAUCCUAUGAGAGGGACGACCGCUCCUACCAAUCUGGCUACAGGGGGCGUCGCCCAACUCGGCAGUACUCUGAAGAGGAAAGCCCACUCAGCCCCUUGGGGAGGUUCAUGGGUUCUGGCCGAUCUUCCAGCUUAGGCCCCGAUCCAUACGACAGUCGCAGCAGUAGAUAUCAUUACUAUUAUGGCCAAUACGGUUCCAGCCACUCGCUGCCAGAUGUUCAAGACCACAUAAGGGACCUUCCGCGGACUCAUGUCUACAAAUCGGACGAUACAUACAUUAUAGACGAUUACCAUUGUGCUGUGUCAGACAGCGAAGCCUACCAUCUGGGCCAAGAAGAGACCGACUGGUUCGAGAAGCCACGCUCCAGCUCUCGGCACUAUGGCAGCCAUUCGUCCGGGAGGAGCCGGCAUAGCGUCAAACACACCUACCACGAUUACGAUGAACCUCCUGAGGAGGAUCUGUGGCCCCAGGAUGAGUAUAGCCACGGAGGGCGACACUCAUCAUCCCGAGACCACAGGCACCACGGCAGUUCUAGCCGCCAUUCGACCUCAUCUCGCCAUGCAGACGAGACGAGGUCAUCAAGGUCAUCCAAGGGCCACCCCAAAGACCCGACUAUGCGCCACGACCCUUCGGGAAGAUCUUCCUCUACGGGAAGGCGUGGCGAGUCGAGGUCAGGAGGAUACCACUCUUCGGAUUACUCCCGGGAUCCAUCUGGGCACCAUCAUGGCCAGCGCUCCUCCAGGCAGGGCGACCCACACAGGUCCUCCAGAAGCAAGUCCCAGGGGCCCGUGGACAUGCAGGGCCAACCACCAGGCUCCUCCAGGUCUGGCAGUAGCUCAGCCCGGGCUCAGGGCCCUGGCGGUGGGCCUGUAGGUCCCGGACGACAGGGCGGUCCUGGUUCCCAGACAGACGGACCCCCAGGACAGAGGACACAACUCCAACAACAAGCCCAGACAUCAGCGGCCAGACCAGGGCAACCCGGUGCAACAACAACCACUGGCCCCCAGCAGCAGCCCCCAGCAGCAGGACAGGGCAUGGGCAUGGGUAUGGGCAUGGGACAGGGCCAGGCCAAACCAGGCCAGAUGGGACCUGCAGGUGGGCCCAUGGGUCAGGCCCGGCAGACUGGUCCAGCCGGAACCACACCAUCCACCAUGACAAAGAUCGACACACCUCCGGCUACAGCUAUUGGAGCAAAGGCGGCACCGGUCACGGCCUCGAAGGCAGCACAGCCUCCACUGACAGGCAUCGGCUCCAAGGCAGCUCCUCGACCUGGAGGCAUCGGCAGCGCAGCGGCCGGGCAGCCUGGCAUGGAGGGGGAAGGAAUGUUGUCCAAGAUCCUGCCUGGAGGAGCCGCUGAGCAGGCCGGCAAACUGGGAGAAGCUAUUUCCGGUUUUGGCAAGAAGUUCACCUCCUUCUUCUGAGGUGCUACGAUUAAGGACUAUGAAAAUGUCAAAAAAAAAAAAGAAGUCAUGAGGCCUUGUACCAGAAAAAUCUGUGAAGUUCCCCUUGCUUUAAUUUUACUAGAAGAGAAUGAGAGAGAACAGUGAGAGAGGACGGAGCAGAGAGGAGAGCUGAGCACACUGCCAACACGGACUGGAAUCCUCUGGAAGCUUCAUGUCUCGGACCUGAACUCACCAGCAGAGAGACCAGGCUGCUCUCUGGGAGGACAGACAAUCAUUCCAAGUCCAAGCCAACAUCCAUCGUCAGGAGGACUCUCCUCAGUCAUCCCCCAGCCAAAGAAUCACAAUCAACCAAAAUAUUGCAAAGCCGAAAGAAGCAGUCUGCAGCAGUUUGACACAUCUCUUCUUUACAAAAGAGCAUUUGGGGGAUGAAAAUGGCUUCAGAAGAAACAGUUUUGUUUUUGCUGCUGUAUUUCCAGGCCGGAAGGGGGAGCACUACUCAUACCAGAGAUCUACACAGCUGGUGAAGACAAGUAGAAACCCUGGAGGCCAAAUUUGCCAUUGCUGUGGAUUAAACACUUCAGUUUCAAUGGAAGGAAAUAAAGGGGAGAUGCAGUUCUACUCCCAUACAUCGACGACUCCACCCUUUAUAUGAGAGCUGCUAUUUUCUGUUAACAGGGAAUGGUAGCUCUGUUACAGGUGGUGGCAUGAAGGAAUCCUUGGUUCCACAGUCCUGUGCUCAAACUGAGAAUAACAGCAACAAAACCAGCCUCUCUCAUUUUUUCUAUCUCUUCUCAAAGUAAAGACAAAGUGGGGAAAAUGUUAUAAAACUCGCUGCAGCAGGUUUUUCUGGUACUACAGACCUCUUGUUACCAUCCACUGAGGAGGAUGUAAUGGAAGCGUCCUACUGAAUGAAUAAAACAACGAUGUAGCCGACACAGAACGUCGGCGUUCUUUCCACGGUUUGUUUCUAUCUACAUUCCAGAUCGGAACUGUUCCCUUCUUCCUCACCUCUCUGCGUUUUUCUUGAAUGCUGAUUCUUCCGUCUUUCUAAUCCCUCGCCCAACAAUCCACAACUUGCCAUGUCUUUAAAGAAGUGUAUAGUGGAUUUAAAAAAAAAAAAAAAGUAGGAAUUUGGAAUGCAUGGAACUUUAUAUCCAAGACCUUACACUGUUCAUUAUUGCUAUACAGAGGCCAUAAAGACACUGGGAAACACAUCUUAGCUAGACGACGUCAAUAAUAACAAAGAAGAGAGAUUACUGAAGCAACACAGGGAUCUGGGAAUAAGGAGCCUUUUGGUUUUUCUUUGCUUUUCUGUUUUGUUUUGUUUUGUUUUUUGAGUAAAUCUUUGAAUGGUAUGCAGAAUGAACAUGGUUGGGAUGUUUUUCAGCCAUUACCAAGCCAUUAAGACAACAUUUACCUGCAGUGCUUGUGGCAAUGGGGUAUCUCCAACUGCUCCACAAAAUUGGGCUCUCAGAUAUUUCUCAUGUUGUCACAAGUGGGUGUCAUUAUUUUAUUUUUUUUUGUGUUCUCUUUGUUUACCUUCUAACUUACUUUUGUUAUUUGCCUGGUUUUUAUGUUGCAGGUUGCCUUAAUCAUUUUUAAAUGUUUUAUUUUCGAGGUAAAAGUGGCAUAUUUUUUCCAUCACUCCCUUUUUUAUGUAUCAGCUGGAACACUGGCCACAGAGAGAUUAAUUUAUAUUUUUUAUGUUUUUUUAAAACAAUUGUGAUAUUAUUUUUCAUUUAUUUAUUUUGUAAUGUUUUGUUAUCUCCAUCAAAGCCUCCCCUGUCGAGUUUCUGACAUCUUACUUAUUAUCAAUAAUUAUAAAAGCAAUAGCGAUAAGAAAGUAAAGAGCACAAUCUUGUGUCAUUUUCAAAGCUGGUGGAACAGAAAUGUGUUGCCUCCGUCUGUCUAACUGACUACCGCUCAAGUCUGACCUAAAUGUUCUACAAAAAUGAGCUCCAGUGUUGUGUUGCUGCUGCUGCUGCUGCGCUAAUACACCGGACAGCAGGAGUUCACCUACAAAACCACAAGGUACCACCCAGAUCUCUUCCUCCAACCAAUCGUGAGACAUUGGUGUCGUCAAUCAGCCAAUAAGUGGAUGGGAGUGAUGCACUGCUUUACAUUAGCCAGUUGGAGUCUGAUCUGAAAGCACUGCAGGGCAGCAGAGAGGCACUGAAAACGCAGACCAGUCACACUUCACGGCAGAACUGGACUCAUCACCUGCGGGGGGUUUGGGUUUCAAUGUGAUUCUUCUGACCCUCCAAGAUGGACGUUUAUGGGGGGAGGGGGUACUGCUAAAAACAACAACAACAAAAAAAAAAGCUGUGCGGAGUUCCUUACACGAGUGUGUGUCAGCAUGUGUCUUCACUCAAAUGUCAAAUGUGCACGGUGCACAUGAAAGCACACUCGAAACGGUGUCAAAAAGAGAAAAAAAACAACAACAUGUGACUGAGGAACCAAAAAUAACACACUUGGUUGUGUCACAAAGUCACUCGCCUUUUUUUUUUACUUUGAGUUUUCUAUCAUGGUGGCGUCCAGACCUGCAACCCAACCCCCCCAUGAAGAAACCUCUCUCUCUCUCUCAGACUGUCAAUUGUCAUGGAAACUUCUCAGGUCAGUGUUCUCCCUGCUGUUGCUCCUGCAGUGCAUUGUGGGAUCUGCGGUUCAGUACUCAAAAAUGUACUCUGUUAGGCCGAGCGUUGCAAGGCCUUCAGCGAAAACGAACCAACCAACCAACUUCUGCUGUAUAUUGUCUGUGUGAACGCUCGCUGGGAACCUUCGCAUGCCGCCCGGCGCAGAAAAACCUCAAAGUCACCUCUAUAUUGUUCUGUUCCUAAUGUUUGUAUGUGUGUGGGGGUUCUGUAUGCGUGUAUUUGAAACAACCAUCAUCCAAUGUGGAAAAAGAAAAACAAGACAAACACGAGUUCAACCAUGAACAAAUAUGGUGGGCAGAAGAGGCGACCUCUCAUCUCCAGUCGUUCUAUGCAAUGAAUCAUAUUUGGGAAAACCAGAAAUAUGUGGAGGAAAUAAGGAAAAAGAAACACACAAAUGGGUAAAAGUCACACAGUCAUUGUUUCUCACACCUGAGUUACUCCAGUACCAUGUUUGCUUUGUUUCGGCAUUUGUCGUAGAUGAUAAUAAGGAGAUUCUGUGAAUUUGUUUGUGUAUAAAAUAGGUUAAAUCUAAGUGAGGAAACACUAAGAAAGAUUCACUUGUGUUAACCUUGCAUGUUCGGGGUCCCUUCUCCACUGAAACAGGGAGUUUCUGCAGCCAAGCAUGCGUCAUGACAGCUGGGAAACUGCACUUUGCAUUUAUGUUCUCAGAUGUUUCAUGUAGCAGAAAAGAUUUAAAACACAAAAAAGCUGCAAAAAUCUUCUAUAUUUCCAGAGCAGGAGAAAACCAGAUGGAAUUCUUUGGUUCUAAAAACACUCUGAGAAGGUUCUGAAAAGUUCUAGUAAUGUUUUCAGCAAGAAGUUGUUGUUUUUUUAGAUUCCCAGAAUGCUCUUCUGAAAAGCAUUGUGAAGUCUGAAGUCAUUCUAAAACCGUUCUUCUUAAAAUGUACACUGAGAAUGAGCUUCCCCCUUUUUUUAUGGAAGAACAUUCUGUGAUGUAUUACCUCAAUCCCAAAACAUCCUUAGAAUAUCGCAGGCAAAAUGUUCCAGCUUUGUGAAUUUGUGACAUUCCGGGAACGUUUUAUAUAAAAUAACAAUAAGAUCUGUAAAACACAUUUUGCAUCUUAGUUUUGGAACUUACUCUGACAACAUCCUCCAAACAUUAGUUUACUUUUAACAUUCUAGGAACAUUUUUUUGAACAGAUAAAUAUCCUCCUGUUUUCUUUAAAACAUCAUUAGAACUUAUAGACAAUGUUAGCAAAUGUUGUGGGAAUGUUCCCUGAUUCCUGGGCAGUAAUUCCCACUGAGAAUAAUUGGCAUUGCUGCUGUUAAUAUAUGAGAGAUAUUUUGAAGAAAAAAACAUUUUCAGCGACGGCAAACAAUCCCAGUUGUCAUGGACGCACCCAAGCAGCUCCAUCUUGAUUUCUUUUGCUUGAAGCAGGGAUUAAGAGCAGACACAGAAAUGUUGUCCAGAGAUUUAUAUAUAGAAAAAUACUGAAAUAAAAAAUUUAUAUAUAUAUACAUGCACAUAUAAGAGACAGAUGUCAAUACUAAUAAUUGGUGUCUUAAUUUAGAGAAACUUGAUUGUGCAGUUGUUGUUGUUUAUGCACUGAACAAAGCUCCAAGAAUGUUGAAGACGGUUAAAAUACAAAUACAUACUUAUUAUAUACUCAAGAAAAUUACAGACUAUAUACGACGAAGGAAACUGCUACGAGUGAAGCACUAUCCAAGGCAUUCCUAAAUUGAAUUUGUGGUAUAAGAGAGAGUUUGAACGCUUGUGUGUGUGAAUGUGUGUGAGAGCGUUUACAGGUGCACUGCCAUGGCACGCUAAACAUCAAGAUGUAUAAGCUAAAUACACUGUGUCACGUCAAAUUUCUGUACCUCAGAAGCAAAUUAUCUGCAAAUUUACCAUCAGUCUUUCUUGUGUUUGCAGUCUGGUAGCAGCACACUAUAUAGCUAAGCAAUUAAAAAAUGCUAUUUAUGGAAAUUCAGAUUUUAAAAAGUGGUUUAUGAAGUAGGAAAAUAUCCCUGAACGUAUAAUUCCUCCCAAGUCACUAAAUCUGUGUAAAAGAAGUUAGUAGAUAUAUAUAUAUUUUGUGAAAUGUUUAUCAGAUCAUCUAUGUAAUAAUUUAUUUUUAUCAUACUGAGAAAGGAUAGAAAGUUAGCUGGCAUUAAGAAAGAGAUUUACGUUUUUAAUUUUUAUAGACAGAGAAUAAGAAAUUAUACAGAAGUUAUCUUUUGCUGGGCUUAUGCACAACCGUAAUAAUCAGAUUGUUAAAAAACUGAAUAAAAGUAAACAGAAAAACAUUUUUGAAUAGUAUAGUUAAAUAAGAAAUGUACGUUGAAUUGAUUGGCAGCAAACUAUUUCCCCUGGGCUUAUUUUAAACUUGAAGUCAGAGUGGUUUUUCAGUUGUUUUUUUUCCUUUUUUGGCCUCUUCACAAUUAAAUUUAGCUGCAGGAUUAAGGGUCUGAUUAUUCUGGUUCUGUGUGGAUCCGAGUUCAGUCUAUUAAUUCCGCCGUGGCCCAAACAGACAUCACUUCACUUCCACCAGAGUGUCAACACGAAAAGCUUAAAAAUGAGGCGUCAAACCAGAACAAACAACACGGGAGAGAGUUUAAAGUCGCCCACAAUUAAUGCUGACCACUCUGUUGUGUCUCGUAUGUUUUUGGGAGUUUGUAAAAAACAUAAAAUGUUCAAUAAAAUAAUCCUCAACCACUUUUUGCCUCAGGAAAGCACACACUAAAAGCAGCAUCGCAGCGGAUGUGUUCAAAAGACAACAGAGAAUAGUGAUGGGUGUGUUUAUGCAGGCGCAUGAAAUCAUAUUGAAAAGGAAGGGAGUCCGAAAUAUUUCAAUUAUUCUAGAGAUUAAGAACAAGAACUGCAUCUGAAACUUCUUUUUUUUUUUGCUCCUGCGUGAAUCCAGCCACUGAAGGUGACUAAAAUAUGCAUAGCAGCAAGGGCUUUAAUACCACAAUACUGGUCAGUGAAGAAAGCCAUCCUGUUACUGCCCUCCAGCCAGUCGUGGUCUCUGUCUAUACUCUGCAUGAUGUCUGUCUAUUUCCUGGAAAUGCAACGGAUGACUUCUGUUAAGACCACAGCAAUUACCAGUGGGGCAAAAAUCACCAGAAUCAGCUCACAGCCUGCGUUUUUCAGAGGUGUUUGAAGCACAAAAUGUAGACAAAUAAAACAGACAAAAGUUGUGUUCCAAAUUGAGAUUAAUAUCAGAAAAAUCAACAUUUUUCUCAACAUUUGGAUGCUUUGGUACAAACUCUUGCAAUAGAAAACUGAUGGAUUCACAGACGAGAACCAGAAGAGGUUGCUUCCAAGAGAUUUUUAAAAGAAGCAAAUUUUAAGAAGGUUUGACUCGUCUGUGAAUCUGACAUCAGCAAUAAGGCUGCAUUCAUGCACAGUCACACCAACUGGGUCAGAAUUAGCCAUGAAAUUAAGAAGUAGAACACUCCAUAAAGAGUAAAGACAAACAGCUCCUCCUGUAUUUAAAUGCAGCUUAAAAAUGCUUUUGGGAAAUCCAGACUGUGUGUGUGCGUGAGUGUUUGUCUGUGUGUGUUCUUAAUCAAAAAGGUAGCAUGCAGUGCUUGUACAGAGCGUAGUGUAGUAAAAGUGUCACCACUGCUCUUGCUGUUGGUCAUAAAUAAAGACAGUUGAUGUAUAGCAGGACCCGAGAGAAAAAAAGAAAGGUUUUCAAACACAAAAGUAUAUAAAUAUAUAAAUAUAAAUAUAUAGGAAGUCAAUGUUUUCAUGGGUGAGAGGUUGUAAAAGAAGAAAACCAUAAGAGAAAAGCUACUGAGUCCAUGUUUCACCAUCAGGGAGCCUUUAGUCAUCUUUCACCUGUAAUGAAUCAUCAAAAAGUAAAAGUGCAUGAGCUGGACCCCGACCCGACUCCCCCAAACCCUCCUCGACCUCCCACCUCACGGGCUGCCAUGUUUUUUCCAGUGUAAAUACCAGACCAACCAGAGUCGAACAAACAAACAUGUAAAUGCCAUGAAGGUCCUGUACAACAUGUAAAUCUCAAACAUGCCAACAGAAACACGACACACAUGCACAAGAGGCACGAGAAAAGGCCUUUGCACACCAGACGGUGACACGAGCUGGAGUGUAUGCAAGCCCACAACUCCCUGCCCCUGAAAACUUGUGCUUUUUGUGUAUAAUAAUAAUUAAAAAAAACACAACAAAAACCACACAAACAAACCAGAGCAGUUGUUAAUUUGAAUAAUAAAUGACAUUGUGUACGUAUGUGGCUGGCUCGUGCGGACUGUUCAUUCAAAAAAUAAAAAAAAGUUGUAUUCGGAUAUGAAAAAACAUCAUAAAAAACAUAUUGGUCUGUGUAGAGUUUCUAUACAUGUUGUGUUUGUAAAACGAGAUGACAUCAAAAACUACUAAAAAAAAAAGGGAAAAAUAUUCUGGCUUCCAUGUAAUUUUUCGGGGGGUGAUUUAUUUUUAUUUUUGUGGGAGAUGGAGAGAGAGAGAAGGCGAAUCGGACAAUGGAGAUGUGUUUUUAAGGAAAAAAAUUACAACCCAAAUUGAAUGAAGUAAAAGGGUGAAAAUAAAACACAGAAAAAGGUCGAGAGCCUAAAAAUGACUACAAAGUGUUCCAUUCACUGUUGUAAGUGCAAUGAGCUAAACUUCCUGUUUCCCCAUUGUAAAACCUUGUGUAUGUUUCCGUGUAUCCUCCUGUAAAUGGGUGUAGUAGACCUGGUGCAUCAUGCCAUGUAAUGUGAUGAAUGACAAAUUAUGACCUUACAAUACAUUUCAAUCAGGAAAAAUAAAUAAAAGACAAAUAAAUAAAAGCAAAAAACAA